AUGACGGACGUCGACGCGGGUCUCACGGAUAUCAAGCUCGCCUCAAUUUCAGCUGGUAUCACGAUCGGAGUUGGGUUCUUUACAGGAUGGGAGGCGUACAAGACGACCAUGCAGAUUCGAAAGCCGCUUAAAUCGAUCUUCGUAUGGAUGGUCUGGGGAGAAAUGAUCGCAUGUACUGCGAUUACGAUUCAAGGUUGGUUACUGUUGACGAACCAAACACCGUUAAAUAUCCCAUACGCGGUUAUACUACUCACAUUCUGGGUUUUCCAAGUCCAACUCCUUAUGCAGAUUAUCAUCAAUCGAUGUGCAGUGGUAAUGUUCGAUAAACGAAGAGCGAAUCAUAUCAAGUGGGGAACGGCUAUCGUGGUAACAAUGAUCAAUAUAAGCGUUUUCAUCAUAUGGAUCCCAGCACAUGCCCAAAACAAUGCGAGAUACCUUGCAAUAAAUGCGAUAUGGGAUCGAAUUGAGAAAGUGAUUUUGUUAGUUAUUGACGCAGCCCUCAACUGGUAUUUCGUUAGAGUGGUCCGUCAACGAUUAGUUUCCCAAGGCCACACUAAAUACGACAAACUCGUUGCCUUCAACAUCCGUAUUAUCACAGUUUCUCUUGCCAUGGAUUGUGUCAUUAUCGGCUGCAUGAGUCUCCGAAACGGAGCAGUAUAUAUCCAGCUUCACCCUCUAGCCUACAUGGUCAAACUCAAGAUUGAGCUUUCCAUGGCCAAACUUAUCACAAGGAUUGCGCGCGACGGGAAGCUAGGACGUGAAGGCGAAUUCGAACUUUCAUCGAGCAAGAACCUCGACAACUCGGCCGCUAGAGCUAACGCUCUGGCUAUUCAUACCCAAAAAGACAUUAUCAUCGACAGUCAGCCAAUAGACGACGACCAAAGCAGUAAUAGAAGCGCUACACAUGGCCUCCCAGAUAGUGAUGAGAGACCGCUCAAGGAUGCCGCAUGGAGAAUGGGCGCUAGUACGACAGUUACUGCAUUGUCGCAAAAGUAG